AAAAUAAAACAGUCGAGUGAGUCUGUGAUACUGGUCAGGAAGCGAGAAAGUUGCUCCCUGUCCGAUAGUAGAAACAAGCCACUUUUUCGGUGCUAGUGUUUGGUGUUCGACUAUUGAAACAAUCGUGCCCGGGUUGGGCAGAGUACGAGUCACCGGAAGCUGCUGCAGAAUUAUUUGAGAGAUUGCCUCCAGAUUCGCGUCGGUGUAGCCAAAAACAUGUCGACCAGUGCCGGUUCGAGUAACACCACUGGCACAGCUGCCGGUGGAGCCGCUCCGGGAGGGAGUGCUGCUGCUGGAGGUAGCGCCAACACCAAUAAUAGUGGCGGUAGCAGUAGCAGCAGCGCCGGGGCCGGUGGGCCUCGUCGAAAUGGCAGUGGAAGCGGAAGCACCACGCCCGAAAAUUCCUCAGUGCCGAAACCGGAGACCAAGGAAACGAAAUCGAAUCCGAAAAUCUCCAAGGCACUGGGAACUUCAGCCAAGCGUAUCCAGAAGGAGCUUGCAGAAAUUACACUGGAUCCGCCACCGAACUGCAGUGCCGGUCCGAAGGGUGACAAUCUGUAUGAGUGGGUUUCGACCAUCCUAGGACCUCCUGGAUCUGUCUACGAGGGUGGAGUUUUCUUCCUGGACAUCCACUUCUCGCCUGAGUAUCCAUUCAAACCACCGAAGGUGACAUUCAGAACUAGGAUAUAUCAUUGCAAUAUAAACAGCCAAGGGGUGAUUUGUCUAGAUAUUUUGAAAGACAAUUGGUCGCCCGCUUUGACUAUCUCAAAAGUUCUUCUCUCAAUUUGUUCUCUACUGACAGACUGCAAUCCAGCCGAUCCACUGGUUGGAAGUAUUGCCACCCAAUAUCUGCAAAAUCGUGAAGAACACGAUCGAAUUGCUCGUCUGUGGACUAAAAGAUACGCUACGUGAUUUCCUAAACUUGACGUUCUGUAUAUUUUUUAAAAUAAACAUCAGUAAUAUUUAUAAAACUAUCCGUAACGAAGGAAACAUACUACACCUAAUAACCUAAAGAAGCAAGAAAAAAUAUUUCAAAGAAUAAAAUCAUCGGUAGCAUUACAAGCGAAAACUGAAAUCGAACAUCAACAGCCGGAGAAAAUAUUUCGAACUAAAUCCACCCAUGUCAAGAUGCAGAAGCUGCAAAAAGAGUAAAAUAAAAUUAAUAAUUGAGCCCAAGCCCAAAUCUAGCGCAAGUAAAUGCGGUGUUCAUUUGCAGAAUUAAAUUUGUUGUAAUUCUCUCGGACGAAGUGGUUUGUAUUCAUUUCCGUAUCCUCAACAUUAUCUUGUGGAACCGGAUGUUUAAGGUAGUAGUUACACACAUCAACAAACAUACAAACAUAAAAACACACGCUAACGCGUAUACGAAAAACUCGCAAGCCGGAGCACUCCAACAAACACACACAUAAACUUACCCAACUCAUCAACACUCGACAAGAUCUACUAGAACUGUGAAAGCAAAUUUUGUUUUGUUUUUUUCUUUUACAAACCACCCCUUUCGUGCCGUGUCCCGAGAUUAUUAUUUCUCUCCUUUUUAUCAUUUCCUUCAAAUAGUUAUGGACUAGAAUGAUAAAUAAUUAACAAAAUAGGGUUUAAAAUAAACGAAGUGUUUGAAGUCUCCCUCAAUGGUAAUGUUUUUUACUGUAUGGCAAUAGAUGGAGAACACAGACCUGUGGAAUUAGAAAACUAACAUAUUAGACAACAACAACAAAAUGCACUAAAGAUUAACGAUCGACGUUUGUUUGAAGUAAAUAUGCAAAAGGAAAAACUGGCAUGUACUGUGCUCCUAGUUAUUUGGCGGAAAUAAACGUAGCUAAGAAAUGGAAAAUGAUAAAGACGUGGAUCGCACCAAUCCUUUGAGCCAAUUUGUCAAAAUGAAAAAUCUCGAAGACUGAGAAUUAGCCGACACUAUUAUACUCAAGAUCUCACAUUGAACAAAACUUUGAAUGAAAACGAUCCAUGGGUUCAUCCGGAUCAUCUGAUGGAUUACUCCGGUUGAACGAAAAAGGCUUUGCUGUUAAUUUCUAUCAUUUACUUUUGUGUGCAAAAUAUUUCUUUUCAAAUUUUUAUUCGGCAAACGUCGAAAUUUGUAUAAGAGGACAAAUAAGGCAAAACUCAAAACAGCGCAAAAAAAAAAAAAGCGAUAUAAACCUUACGGAAUAUGUGAUAUGUAAAAAGCUGAAUUGAAAGAAAGCAAAUUUAAGCCUCGGCACCUCUCAAACUACUAAAUGACGGAUUUUGGACAUCCUUACUUUUGCUUCCCUCCCAAUGAGGAAAUGAACGUAACUACUCGAAACCAGUGUCUUACAUGGUUUACGAACAAUGGUCAGAAAAAAAUCACCCUGGAUAUGGAGGAGAAGGAGAAGCAGAAAAUGGCCCUGUUCUCAUAAUCUGGUUAUAAAAAGAAAAGCCCGUCACCGACGAAUCGAUUGAAAUUCCAGGUCUGAAGGAAUGUGAACAGCCGUAAUUAAAACAAAAAUUACAUAUUUAAACUAAACAGAUAAUAAAAGGCAGUAAAUGUG